GUCUCACCAAGAAUAUUUACAACUGACCCGCAAGUUAACGUUAAGGAACUCUGAACUCGUGAGAAGACAUGGGUUUCCUCAGUAAUAUCGUCCAAGUAGUUACAACUUGGGUCAUCGCAAGUUUCUAUGGUUCCUUGGUUCUCUUUUACGUGGUGCUCAGAAUUAUCAGGCGCGGACCCCGGGCGUUCUUUGGCUACAAGGUUCGGCAGGGCCGCCCCAAGUGUCUGGACGACCCGGAGCAGGGCACGCACGGGUACGUGCGGCUGAAGAGCAGCGGGCUGAGGUUCCACUAUGUGGCGGCAGGGGAGAGGGACAAGCCGCUCAUGCUGUGUCUGCACGGCUUCCCGGAGUGUUGGUACUCCUGGAGACACCAACUCAAGGAGUUCAGGAACUCCUACCGUGUUGUCGCCCCCGACCUACGCGGUUAUGGUGAGACGGAAUCCCCACAACCAUUCGGUUAUUGGGGCUGGCCCAACUUCAGUGUGUCCCACCUGACCAAUGACGUGCAAGAGUUGAUCGAGGCUUUAGGCUACAGUUCCUGUACCCUGGUGGCACAUGACUGGGGCGGUAUCAUUGCCUGGCUGUUCGCUGUUGAUCAUCCUGAUCUCGUGGACAAGCUGAUCGUGAUGAACGCCCCCCAUCCUGGCACCUUUAUGAAGUACAUGAGAACCCAUUUCUCCCAGUUCCGCCGCUCCUGGUACGUUUUCUUCUACCAGUUGCCAUGGCUACCAGAGAACAUGGUUAAAGCCUUUGACUUUCAGUUAAUCUACGGUGCCUUCAAAGGUAAAGGCAUGGGCUGCAAACGUCGUGAUGCCGUAACUGAAGAAGACUUAGAAGCUUUCAAGUACACCUUUGCCAGACCUGGAGUUAACAUUUCUGCAGCCAUCAACUACUACCGUGCUAUGUUGAAGCAGCCACCACGCAGCUACAAGGGUACAAAGGUGACGUGCCCCACCCUGAUGAUCUGGGGAGACCAGGACGCAGCCUUAGAGGUGGGGCUGACUGAGGGGACGGACAAGUUUGUACCUGACUUUACUCUGAAGAUGGUGCCGGGAGCCAGCCACUGGGUACAGCAGGACCAGCCUGAGGUGGUCAAUGGGAUCAUGAGGGACUGGCUGAAGGCAUAGAAGAGGGGACAGAAAGAACAGCAUAGUAUAUUGAGGAGGAUUUUGCUUUUGCACAACAUUUCCAAACCGGGGCCUGGUUGCAUUAAUGCAACAUUCGGAAAUUUAUCAAGGAAUGCAAGUUCUGCUCAUUACUGAUUUUGUUAAUUUUCUGUGCAUUUUCUUGUACUUUAUAUGACAUUUUUGUUCCAGGCCCCAGUUUGGAAAUCUGACCAUAGCUUUACCGUGCUUGCUGGCAUAGCCUGGCGUCCAUCCGUUUUGAGCUUGUGUCUGCUUUGUAAUGGGCAUUUCUAUAAAUCCAACUGCACAUACACAGGUCAAAGGUGGAGGGCCCUGACUUGUAAACAAAUCUCGUCUCUAAAAUGGUUUGUACAUAUCCAGAUAUGUAUGGUUUUGUUUAUGUCUCUUGGGGACUUUCACCUUUGACCUGCACAUGCCCAGAUGGAUCUGUGAACAACCUUUUAGUUGCUGCUAGCCCUCAAGGUACAGCAUAGGUAUAUAAAUUAAAAGUGAUUUGCAUUUGCAUAGAUUUGCAUACAAUAUUUACUUUACCAGGGGCAUCUUGUCACGAAUCAGGACUUCAUUAAUAUGUUUUCAUAUUUUGAGAAGAAAUGAUACAUUAGACAAAGUGUGAUGAGACAUUAGAGACCAGUUUGAUGUUUUAGGAGAUUAUGUUUGAAAUUGCUUGGUGAUGACAGGCUUUUGCGAUUUGGCAGGUUUGACAUUGUAUGAGCCAGGUUGUCAUUUUAAAGACAAUCCAGCUUUCAAUCUAAUCUUGUCAAAGGAAAAAUUUGCAUGGGUAAACAUUUAAGCUCAUAAUUGUUGGUAAUCGUGUACUCUUCAUGAGCACUCGUGGUCUCUAUACCAGUACUAGUAUCCUUUGUGCAGCCAAAACUAUACUGCAAAAAUAAUAACACAAUAAAUUGCAAUUUGCACAUUGACUUGGGAAAAUUUAUUGUGGUAAAACACUUGAAUUGACCAGUCCUUCCAGUUCAGUGUGUUUCAGGUACACAGGCUCUACUGGCUACAACACAGUCCAACAUUAUUUCUAAUAUAUAGUCAUUGCAAAAAAUUUCCUCAAUAUUCUUCCCAUUAGUUUGCAAUUAUUGCAAAUCAGAAUGUCUCACAUACCAGGCUACACAUUCACAAUAUAUUCAAACAUUAAAUAAUGAUUACUUUAAUAAUAAUUACAACAUAUUUCUUAUGUUACAAGUACUACAUAUUACUCCUUGGUACCAACCAAAAAUCAAAGACUUGACAAAGGAUCUUCUCUUGUACCACAAUAGAUAAUACAAAACACUAGGAGAUGAAAUUGUCAGUGUAGAGUUGAAAGAAGGUUACAGUUGAUAUUUGUUCAUUGUGGCUUGUUGUAUUAACCCUUCUCCAUACAGGCGAACAUCUUAACCAAUGUAAACAUGGUACCAAAUAAUAAUCUUUGCAUGAAAAAGAUAAAGCAUCCUGGUGUGUACUAGGUAAACUUGACUGCCCAGAUGUUUUUCACUAACAUUCACGUCAGAGAAUGAAUCUUGCAACAACUUUUUUUACCUUGUUCUUGAAUCUGAACAGCACUUCAAUGACAUUUCUUACCGUUAGAUUGUACUGAAAAUGACUGCUAUGUUUAAGGUUAACAUGUCACAAGGCACGUGCUAUUACAUUUGAUAUGUGAAAAGACUAUAAGAAUUGUGUCCUCUGGCUGGUAGCAAUUACAAACUUGUAAAAACUUGUUAAAGACAGCAGUGAUUUUGUCUUGGAUAGCUGGUACUUCUUUUUGACACGCAAAAUAGUUAUUAUACUAAGAUAUUCAAACAUUCAUUACAUAAUAUAUUAGUCCCAGCAUAGUAGAUUUGGAUUAGAGAAAAGACUUUUUCAAACCCAAUAGGACAUUGUGGAUAUUUGGGUAAUUUUGGGUAAUUUAACACAAUUAAUGGUCCACACAGUGGUUACAGAGCAGUCUAGAAAAAGAAAGCCAAACAGGAAAGAAGGUAUGCAUCCAAAAAUCCAAAAUUUAUGUACGAGGUUGUUGGUGGGCUAAAUGACAUUUGAGUUACAUUACACCCUCAAAAAUGCCUCUUUUGUCAUAACACAUUCUGUAAGCAAACUAGAAGGUUACUAGAUUACUAAAAAGGCACUUUUUACAACAGGUUCUGACCAGUUGAAUAAUAAGCAAUUGCCAUUGGACAGUUCUGCUUCAAACAACAAAAGGAACCUCCUUGGUCAAAACCAUAUCUUUAAGCCGUAUCUUUAAGUAGUAUAAGGCAACAAAUUUCUUGAUC